AUCGCCGCGGCAGGGGGUGGAACGAAGCCGCCGGCAGCGGCAGCGGCGGGCCAGACAGCAGCAGCAGGAGCAGGCCAUGGAGCAAGAGGAAGCAGCGGCAGCAGCAGGAGCAGGGGCAGCAGGAGCAGCAGCAGGGGCAGCUGGCGGUAGCGCUAGCGCUGCGGAAGCUGCAGCAGUCCCUGCUACUACUACCGCUACUGCUGCUGAUGCUGAUGCUGAUGCACCACCACCACCAUCAUCUGGUGCUAGCGGCAGCAGGGUCCCCGCGACCUUGCAGAUGCUUCCGGGCAACAACGACAACAACAGGAGCAGCACCGGAGCCGGGGGCGGCACCAGCAACAGCGGCGAUGCUGCUGCUGCUGCGGGUGUCGCAACGCCUGCUGCCGCUGCCAUUGCUGAUAUGGUUGUAGCUGCUGCUGCCACGGCUACUGCUGCGGAUGCGGCUGCCGCAGCGGUUGCUGCUGUGGCUGCGGCCCAGCGUGCGGAGGUGGCCGCUGCGUUCGCGGGCGGGGAGCAGUUGGUUCGAUUGGUGGGGUGCGAGGUGGGGGAGCCGCAGCUCAUCACACGCACGGGGCUGCAUAAGGAGGUUCGGAAGAAGGCUCGGCAGUUGGUACGGCAGGUGUACGGCAACCCCGAUGACCGAAUGGUGCCGCUGUGGGAGGUGCUGGGUCACAGCGACUUGGACAGUGAGGAGGAUGAGGAGGACGAGGAGUUCAGCAGCGGG